CCCGGCUGUCCUUGGCCUAUGACGGACUUAGUUUGAAAGCCGCCCCAUGAUCCAUGUGUCCGCUACGUGCCUGCACAACAUGCCCCGUUACUGGUAAGCCUUGCUCUUUUACUUCACACAACACACAACCUUCUUAAGCUCACGUUACAUAGAUACUGUCUCUCGUUACCGAAUGAAUUGCCUCAAUCACCUCGCUCUCCCAACACCUCGACUACUUCUUACAAGGCAUUCCAACACUAGGAAACGAAUUGCGAUGAGUUAACUGUUAUACGUUAAGAAGCGUGUGUGAUGUCGAACACCAAGCCACCAUGGCCGCGUCUGCUUCGCGACGGGCUCGCUGCUCAGCAUGCAGAUGGCUCAUUCUCGUGUACUCAAUGCAAUAAAGUAUUUCACAGCAAGCAUCUUUACAAGCACAAGUGUUCCCUAGUCCACGUGCCGCUGGAGCCAUCAUGUGUGGACAGCGACCUAACAUGCAACACAGAUUAUGCUUCCUGCUUGGAUUUACUAGGCGAUGCAGUCGCAGAUAAGCUUCUUGCAUACCAACGUGACCUGGCGCAACGCUCAGUCCCGAUGAUGGCGCGCACCAAAGACCUCAGGGCCGUGCUCAUACAGCUGCGCAUACCAUUUGCCGAUGCUGUUUUCCCACAAGGCCAGACCUCCCCGCCGCCUGCUGCUGACAACUCGCCUCUUCCUAACAGCCCCAUGCUAGUGGAGACACGCUCCCCGCAGUCCCAGCCUUCACCGAUGGACGUCAACAGCCCAGAGGUAGAAAUGCGCUCUCCCGCUAGCGACCCAUCCAGCAGUGCGUCCCCCAACGUCUCAUCCACGUCUAAUAACGGAAGCGAGGCCGAAAGCAGUGGUUAUGACGACCACGGGGCAAGCCAUUCUACUGUUAGCGACAGCGUCGACGGGGAUGGCAGCGAGGAUGGCUCGCAUGGCCGCAGCAGUCCCGGUAGCAUGCAAGGAGGAGCUAGCCAUUCCACGGGUACCAGCGGCGGCAGCGGCAGCAGAGGUGGCGACAGUGGGCCGGACUCACUCCAUGACAACAGCUUGCUUGGCGGUGCCAGCGAUGGUGGGGAUGGCAGUGAUGGCCGCAGCGACCAUGCUGCUAGCAUGCUGGAUGAGGAUGACCCGAACACGCUGCCUGGAGAAGACCUCCUCGACCAAACCGGAACUGACGACGACGGUCUUUCUUCCGUCAGCAACAAGUCGGACGACCUCAACCUGCCAGGCGAGGUCGACCCUUACGCGUACAUUCGCAGGAUUCUGGGUCUUGAUCAUGCGCUGGAGGCGGGGGCUGGCAUCGAAACCCACCCCGCGGCUGCAGCCACUGGAGGGGACCGCUGUGCGUGUGGUUGCGGCGGCCCACCAAUUAAGCCAGGCGGCAUCAGCUGGUUCCGCCACGGCCUCGGUCUCCCCGUUUGCAAGGGUGUCGAUAGAGACGGUGCGCCGAACCCUAGUACCGUAACUACCCGCGAGUUCGUCGCGGCUCUCCUGCAGUUCCAUAUGCGGAACCACAUUCCCACAACGGUCAUGGAGACCUUGCUACGCUUGUUUGCUAGCGUGGUCCCCGGUCCGCACUUCAUUCCUCCUUCACUGUACAUGCUGUCACAGCUAGCCGGUGUCCCUGACUGGCACCAGUUCCAGCAGCACCUCUGCUCGACCGAGGGUUGCCCUGGCCAUGUAUUUGAGCCAGAGCCAGAUCCCGCCAAGUGGGAGCAGCUACGUGACGAGUGCUGCCCACACUGCCAGACACCGCGCUUCAAGUCCGUUUACCUUGGAGGCAAGGAGCGUCUUGAACCCCGGCGGUGGUCCAUCGACUUCGGCCUGGAAAAUGUUAUCCGCGAGCAGUUUUUCCAGUCCGAGCUGUACAACCAGCAGCGCGGGCGAUGCCGGGAUUGCGGAGAGGACAGCAAUGGCAGCAGCUACUACAACGCUCCGGCCUUUCGUAAACUGGCUCUCGCCACCGACCACGAGGCCCAGAAGGCGACGGCCUCGACCUAUGACCUGUUCUUCGACUUCCUAGAGCCCUUUAAGGGGAGUCCUUACUCGGUCGGAGUGCUUGCGGUUCGUGCGUGUGAUGUGGCUGCCAGGGACAAGGGGAAGUCGCAGUUUGUAGCCAUAUUAUCCAUCAUACCCGGCCCCAGGCAGCCUCCCGUACUCACUCCCUACCUCACUCCCACAAUAGACGCGUUCCGCCAUCUAUUGACAAACGGGAUGGGCGUCACGCAGUCCUGGCGAGACAAGCUCAGCGGUAAUGUCGUCAGCGAGUCAUUCGUACACAGGGGCUUUCUAUCCGCCGUACUGGCCGACACACCCGCGCGCAUCAAGUGCGCCCUUCUCGCGGGUGUCGGUUCCUACAUAGGCGCGUGUAGCUACUGCUUCUUCCAGGGCACGUAUGUCCGCAAGCCCGGUGCCAAGGUCGGGGCCAUGCGCUACCUUGGUUACGAGCAGCCCGUGCCGCAAACAAUCAGGUUUGGCGGGGAGCCGAUGCUGGUAGGGGACCAUCGCCUCCUGCUAGACGACGCAGGACAGCGGCAGCGUGCUCGGCGUGUGGCGGCCCGCGCCUCAGCGGCUCUGGCUGCCCGUGGUACUCCCGAGGCCGGUCCUUUGCGCAAGAAGCUCGAGCUUUCCAUCAAGCACCAUGGCUGCAAGGGGGAGUCUGCCUUCACUUCCCUUCCGUAUGUCAACAUGCAGGACCUGUUCCUUGUGCCCGUCGCCCAUGCCCUUCUCUAUGGCGUUGUCGCUAACUUCUUCGAUGAUAUCUUCCGGAAGCCAGCUACGGAUGAGGAGAAGGAAUUCACAGUGGCAGAGCGUGACAUCCACGCCAUCAGGGAGAGAUCGUCGCACAUCACGGUAUCCUCCGACUUCGGUCGCGCAUACCGUUGUAUCAUAGUGCACAGGGGCGGGUACCUGCUGGAGGACUGGCUGCAUUUCUGUGAAACCUUUUCGCAUUACAUCUUCCAGGAUGUAACGCGGAAUGGGAUCAAGUCACCUGUUCUGCCGCCGCCAGUCCGGGAGAUGUGGCAGCAUCUGCAGGCUGCAGUUGGCCACUACUUCAGGCCGCUGCACUACAAGACCCGUGCCGACUUUGUUGCCGCCUCCAGGGCGGCGCACGAGAGCCUCGUCCAGUUUGCCAAACUCGCGGAGAGGCGUGGCUUCCCCGGUCACACCUUCUCGGUUAACCUGCACAUAUGCAUCUGCAGGCUGCGCCUACAGGAGAAACAGCGUGGGGCGGUUGCCGCGGACUUGGAGUUUGCAGUGGAGCGUGUGAUGCAGCGCUUCAAGCGCAUUGCGGGGUCUCAUGUAUCAGCACGGAUAGAAGCUCAUUUCGCCAAGCAGCUGCUGCUUGGGCUUGCCCUCGACCGUGUAGCGCGCGAGAACCCCAGCAUGUGUACCUUGGACGACAUCCUAGGUAUCCAGGAGCGCAAGUACAGUGGGCCGCAUUACGACAGCGACGAUGGAUCUGGGGUCCUCCUGCGCGGAGCAGGUAUCCCGGUGUCAGGGCUGCGCCCCUUGGAAGCCGAGGAGAUAGCAGAAGCAGUAGGCGAAGCGGCGAAGUUCGAGCUCGACGCUGAUCUGCAGCAGUGGGUAGCUGCGGAGAGGCAGCGUGGCCGGGGGGCUGUGCGUCGACUGGACAAGCCAUCACUGCUGGCCGCGCUUAGCAGCAAGGAGCCAGCGGCGCUGGUGUUUACUAGAGCAGAGGUCAACGAGGAGAGCCUGUUUAGUGCAUGGUACGGAAGGGCGCGGACACGGGUGUCCAACAACGUGCUCGUAGUCUGGGAGGAGGGGGGUGCUGAGGUGCCUUACAUUGCUGAGAUCAAGUACUUUGUCAAGUUACCAUGUGGGGUGCGCGCUGCGGGUCGCGAAGUGCAGCGCCCCGUGAGAUUGGCCAUAGCGUCUCUCAAGCGCGCCCGCUUGGAGGACGGUUGCUAUGUUACCCAGCAGGGCGAGGCAGGCUAUUUACGCUAUGCCAUUCCCACCUCGGCCCUUGCCGCAAAGCUCGAGAAGGUCAUAGUCGCACGGUCGCCGUCGGAGCCUGGCAUUUCUUGCUAUAUGACAUACCUGCAUAUGACGUGCAGGUGAGCGUAGGUAGGGAGGUGCCGCUGUGACCAGGGCGUGCGAGCAGGGGGAGCGGGGUGUGCGUGAACCGCUGUCUUGCAUACUUUACCGCAUGGGCGGUUAGCUUUGCGUGCGUGUACGGCGCCGCGGCUGUAUUAGGGGGGGAGGUGCCGCUGUGCAUGCGCAUGUGCAUGUGAGACCAGGGCGUGCGAGCAGGGGGAGCGGGGUGUGCGUGAACCGCUGUCUUGCAUACUUUACCGCAUGGGCGGUUAGCUUUGCGUGCGUGUACGGCGCCGCGGCUGUAUUAGGGGGGGAGGUGCCGCUGUGCAUGCGCAUGUGCAUGUGAGACCAGGGCGUGCGAGCAGGGGGAGCGGGGUGUGCGUGAACCGCUGUCUUGCAUACUUUACCGCAUGGGCGGUUAGCUUUGCGUGCGUGUACGGCGCCGCGGCUGUAUUAGGGGGGGAGGUGCCGCUGUGCAUGCGCAUGUGCAUGUGAGACCAGGGCGUGCGAGCAGGGGGAGCGGGGUGUGCGUGAACCGCUGUCUUGCAUACUUUACCGCAUGGGCGGUUAGCUUUGCGUGCGUGUACGGCGCCGCGGCUGUAUUAGGGGGGGAGGUGCCGCUGUGCAUGCGCAUGUGCAUGUGAGACCAGGGCGUGCGAGCAGGGGGAGCGGGGUGUGCGUGAACCGCUGUCUUGCAUACUUUACCGCAUGGGCGGUUAGCUUUGCGUGCGUGUACGGCGCCGCGGCUGUAUUAGGGGGGGAGGUGCCGCUGUGCAUGCGCAUGUGCAUGUGAGACCAGGGCGUGCGAGCAGGGGGAGCGGGGUGUGCGUGAACCGCUGUCUUGCAUACUUUACCGCAUGGGCGGUUAGCUUUGCGUGCGUGUACGGAGGCGCGGCUAUCAAAAUGCCGAUUGGAUGAUAGAUGUAAGUAUGACUUUCAAAGCUUCUAAAGUUCUCUUGACCAUGGCCAGUACUUCCGACAACACAAGUGCUACUUUAGAUUAUGUUCCACCCAUCAAUCUGCGUUACGACCCGAACCAGCGGGACCAGGACGAAAUACUUCUACGAUUCCUUCAUAAAGUUAAAGGAAUACAUUAUGUAUUGCUUAGCCGCUCCGAGAGCUGUUCGACGGGGACAUUGUCUGGAUACCAUCUGGGAGACCAGUUCAGCCCUGAUGCGGACAGGAGUACCUACUCGGUGAUGACUCUCCAGGCAUGCAGCCGACAGGCGGGAUUCAGUGAUUCGGGAUGGAGCUGCAAUGCUAAGGUGUACUCAGAGUCAUCGCGGAAGUGGGUCAGGGUCCGUGAUGCUGGAGCAGACGCGGUUCAGUACCUGACGGGGUUCACAUCGCCACGUAAAGUCGACUCGGGCGUGCAAACGCACGCUGGAGGCCAGUCGCCUCUAUUGCUCCAAUUUACAGAUAGGGAACUUGAAGCAAUGGAAGCCAGCGGAUCUAUCGUGCCAAUCGGGAUGGGAGGGUUUGGUAACGUCAGCUCCGCCAACAUCCCAGCCGUCGGCAAUGUCGCCAUUAAGAUGUUCAGGCAUGACCACACAUCCGCCGCAAUACGCGAAGCCAUAGGGAUGAAUCUACGCAUUGGGCUGCAGCACUCGUCUCAGUACCUCGUCCCACUGAGGGGGACCGUACGUAGCAUUGACACUGGGGAUGUGAUUGGCCUCGUCUGGGACAUGUUGCCGGGGGAGACACUACAGAAGGCCAUAGUGUCCGGGGUGCAGCUUAAGAUCUUGUUGUCGUACGUAGCAGACGCCUGUCUUGGGUGUGCACACCUCCAUGACCGGGCGCUUGUCCACAGGGACAUCAAGCCGGCUAACAUACUGGUGGACUGUUCCCAUGCACGGCUGGCAGACUACGACCUGGCGGUUACCAAUAGCACCGCCAGUGGAGAAGCCGGUACCCCGGGGUUCCGACCACCCGAGGGAGAGAGGCUGUCGGCGCGGAGUGGGCAGCGGCACGAAUACAGCUUUGACUUUUAUUCCAUGGGCGUUACCCUCUUAGCAGUGUUGCUGCGGAAGGGAUCACCUUAUGACGAAGUAAGGUCCCUACAUCGGAGCACCGUGAACGCGCCCGGGCUAAUGGCACAGUUUGCGUCAGAGGCCAGCGCUGCACAUGGCGCUGGAUGUUCGUCCAUUGUAUUGCCAAUUCUUAGCGUGGUGCGCUCGGCGACAGAUGCUAUGCCUGCAGCGAGGUGCAGGGGCUCGAUGCUUGAUCAUGCAAUGCAACAAUCGGGGGCGGGUGGUUACAUGCGUGCACUAGCGAAGUACAUUAGGGACGUUGCAGCAACAAUGGAAUAGGCGUCAUCACGCAUGCGUGCAAGGGGCCGAGUGGGCGUUACUGCUGUUUCCAGACGUAUAGGACGGUGCAUGCAAGUGGUUACGUCGACCGCUAUUACCAGGACUAC